AUGGCCGCCGUUUCCCAAGAUCAAGCCGUGCUCAGCGAGACGGUCGAUGAACUCCCCACUGAAUCAAAAACGAAACGUUCCAAAGCCCCAGAUACACUGACACGAGAGCCCGGAAAGUCUAUCUUUCCGUACACAAGAGUGCAGAAGAUUCUGAAGGCGGAUAAGGAGCUUGUAAUGGUGCAGCGAGAAGCGGCCUUCUUGAUCUCACGAGCGACGGAGGAGUUUGUUCAGAAAUUGACUGAGGCGUCGCAGAGGGUAGCGGAAAGGGACCGAAGGACUACUGUGCAAGUGAAGGAUCUGGUAUCCUCGGUGCAGCGCGCAGAAGAGCUAGCGUUUCUCGAAGAACUUAUUCCUGUUCUCGCCGAACUCAAGCCUCCCCCCACGACACGUCCAGGAAAGAGCAGGGCGAAAGCGAAAGCGCCUCAAGACCGUACACAAACCGCACUCGACCGUUUUGUUGCAAAUCAGCCUGGGAGCGAGAUCACGGGCACAAGCGGAGACCCGAUAGAGAACAUGGAUGGAACUCUUUCGUUUGAACCCCCAGCAUCAUGA